AUGACAUUUUAUAAUUAUAAUUUUUUAUGUGUUCAGUCUUUCACAUUAGAAUUUGGAGUGGCAAUUCUAACAGGAAUUUUUACAAUUUUGACAUUGUUGAUAGUUAUGUUGAAUGCAUCUGAGUUAUCAAGUAUGAUUUMAGAGAAUCCUAUUGUUUUGGUAACCAUAUUCUUGUUACUACUUACUUGGGCCAUGGCAAUUGCAGGAGCUAAUUCAGGAUCAAGAAAAUUGAUAGCUUUGUCAAUUGUUAUUUGGGCCAUAUUCAUUAUUGAUUGGCUAGUUUUAUCGUUAUACUUUAGAAUAUUAAUGAACAAUACAAAUUUCUGCGUAGCGUUAACAACGAGAUGUGCUCCAUCUAUGUGGCUUAUCGGAARCGGAGGAGGAGGCUAUGAAAAUAACGACACUUUGGAUGAUGAAAAUAGUACGGAUACAAAUACAGAAAACAACGAAUUAUGGUCAAUAAUUGACUUACCAGAAGUAAAUGUUAAGAAUUUUCAUCCGGUGAGGACGAAUGUAGUCCCCAUAGUAACCCCUGUCGUUGCUACUACUGCUAAUACCGUUAUUUCAAAUCAAACGAGUAUGGUGAUUGAUGUCAACAACGGGUGUGGAUGUGAACGUCAUCCRCGGACAACUACUGAAAGCCCACCAAGCGAUUUAAGAACGCGCGUCAUCGAGUAUCGAAAAAAUAUGGCGAUGUAUCGUCAAACCGCGGAGGCUACAAUACAACGUCGAAAGAAAAAAGAAGAGGAAAAAAAACAGGUAGCAGAGGAAGACUAUGAUGCUGAAGAUGACGAAGAUUCUGACGACUCUGAAGAAAAAAACAAAGCUGCAGUUGAUCUCAUAGACUAUUUGACUAUGGCAAUUUUUUUGCUGCUGUUCCUGUAUGCAUUGCAUGUACUAUUGUCCUACCACAGUGAACUAAAACUUAUUCGGGAUUGUACAUGUACAAUUCUUACAUAA